CCUGAAUAGACACUUCUCAAAAGAGGGCAUGCAGAUGGCCAAGAGACAGAUGAGAAGAUGCUCAGCGUCACGGAUCCUCAGAGGCAUGCAAAUUUAAACCACAGUGAGAUCACCUCACACCUGUCAGAAUGGCCACAGCAAUAAGUCAGCACGUGGUGAUGAGGAUGUGGAGAAACGGGAACACUAGCCUUUCCCCUUGGGAUAUCCCGUCUCCACCCCCUUUCCUUAAAUACAUUCAAUUCUUCUUUUCCAUGUUUAUAAGGAAGGAGGAGGAGCCAGCCGGGCUGGGGGGCGGCGACACAGUCUCCGGGAUCCCCAGGCCUGCAGGGGGGUCUGCGCGCGGCCCGCUGGCUCUGCCCCCCGCGUCCGGUCCCGAGCGGGCCUCCCUCGGGCCAUCCCGAUGGUGACCGGGCCCAGCGGCGCCUGAGCCAGGAGCGCGCCGGUCGCGGAGCCGGAGGGCGGGAGGAACAUGACAUCGCGGAGGCACCCAGGGCUUCGGGUCCGUGGUCCUUGCUCUCCUCGUCUCGGUCUAUUUGUGCCACGCCUCUAAGAGGAAGCGGAAGUCUCUAUUUGAAGCACUCGCAGUUUCACCCAUGAAGGAUCUUCACUGGAGGGAAGUCUCCAGCACCCAAUGCUAAAGAGCAUGAUCUGGCUGCUCCAGUCUCUCUCGCUUCUCUCCGGCCUUGGCCCAGGGAACACAGUUUCACAAACCCAAGCACUCCCAUUGAGGGUGGACGGAGUGCUGGGGGAAUCGGUAACUCUCCCCCUGAAGUUUUCUGCAAAAGAGAUCCAGUCCAUCACCUGGCUUCAUAAUGGAGCAUCUAUCAUCUUCAUACCGAAAGAUCCAGCACACAUCCAGGUGACUGAUCCAACACGGAAAGAUCGACUGAAAGUCAUCCAGUCCUCCUCCUUGCAGAUCAACAACCUGACAAUGGCAGACAGCGGACCUUACCGGGCCCAGAUAACCACAACAACCUCCAGAGAGAUGUAUGAGUACAAUCUGUCGAUCUUCAGACGGCUGAGGAACUUACAAGUGGCUAAUCACACUCAACUCUUUGAGAAUGGGAGCUGUGAGAUCCAACUGACCUGCUCUGUGGAGAAUCCAAAUGACAAUGCCUCGUUCAGGUGGCAGGUCGCAGGAAACACAAUCCUGGAGGAAGCAAACCUCACUAUCUCUUGGGAGCCCAAGAAUUCCAGUGAAGUGACAUACACUUGCAUAGCUAAGAAUCCUGUCAGCAAUUUAUCCUUCUCUUUCUCUGUCCAAAGUCUCUGCAAAGGUGUUUUUAACGAAAAAAGUCAACUCUCGGUUAUCCUAUUGAGUAUACUAGUGCCUUCUUUGAUCUGUAUCGUGCCCUUAAUUGUCUGGAAGAAGAAAAGAGUAGCAGGUUCCUUAUACUUUUCUACUCAGCAAACCCAGAGUCCUGCAGAGACCCCGAGGGGCGACUCAGGGAAUGAGCCAGCCAGUCCAGAGAACACUGUGUACGCUCAGGUCACUCAUCCAAACACGAAAACGGAAAUCCCAAUACCAAUGAAAAAUAAUGAUUCCUCUACAAUUUACUCCACAAUUUGUCAACCCAAACAGGGCAACUGUUCUUGACAACAUCAUCUAAGUUGCUGAAAUGUCUCAAAGGAAUUCAGGAAUGACACAUCUUCUCCUGAUCCCAUGGGAGAUAACAGAGCAUCAUUUCUGCCUGGAAACAGAAUUUCAAUAUCUAGAAUGAUCACUUCCAGUCCUUCAGACUUGAACCUGCUUCCCUAGGACAAACACCAGUUAACUGCCACGGCUCCAAAGUGGAAACCAUUCCCACCUGCCAUGAUAUUUUGAAUUUAAUU